CGCCGCUCUCACCGCAGCAGCGUGUUGCAGUGGCACCAUCAACAGCUUCAUCGCAACAGUCGCCGCUCUCACCGCAGCAGCGGCUCCAGCUUUCCCCGCAGCACUUGGGAUGGCAAGACGCAUGGCAGAGAGCCACACAAGAGAAGAACGCCGGCCAGCAGGACCCUAUAAAGGCCAUGCUAGUGACCAUCGUGAACGCUACCAGUCGAGAUCAGAUACAGCCAUGCUUAUUUCGCGGAGACUUGUUUGAAGGUUUCCGCAACCGUGCCGAGUGUAUCCAGACCAUCAAAGCUAGACUGGACAGGGCUUUGAACGCAACUUGGUACCAUGGCGAGUGUACUCUGGAUGCCGAGUUCGACCUGCUGAAGAUUGGGCCAGUUGUGUGGAUGCAGGCAGUGAAGCAAAUCGGGCUGAAGGAGAAGAUAUGGCCAGAGGCCUUGCAUUUGUGCUUGGAAGCGCAGCUGAGCUUCCUGGAGCAUCGGAAGACAAGAUGGCUACAUAGGCCUGAUUCCAAACACAUCGGAGUCAACCCACAGACAAGUGUGAUGAUCGGGCUCAGUCCGAGUGCUCGCAAGAGUCAUCUCAUCCAGAGGACCAACAAGUGGUUGACAAAGGCUGCCCCAGCUGACGAGCGCAAUGAGGUUGCUGCAAUCAGAUCCAAGGAGUGCUUCGCCCAAGAAUAUACGCCGAAGGGCUUCAGAACAUGCCUGCUGAACUUUCACAGGGUGGCCCUGUACAGCGAUGAGUGUGUCAAUAUCAUCAAGACGUCCCACGCCGAUCCGCAGGCAUUGCGCCACUAUGCCGACCGGGCCAAGUUGAACACAUACUUGCUGGCUGAGGCUGACGAUAUGACAAAGCCCCAGGUGCGAUCCACAUCGGCGACGAUGACCAGAUGUAUGUGGUUUCCAUGAAGAUCACCGGACAAGCGGAGGUGGUCGAGGAGGCGCUGGCUCCUAUGGCGCAUGCCUUUCAGAAGCGUUGUUCGAUGGCAUGGCCUCCAGAGAACACUGCAAAAGAUGAGACUAUCACCAUCGAUGCUGCAGAUGACUUGGUGACAGCAAUGCACCAGUACAUGUUCACCGUGAUGAUGGACGACGCCCAGCCACAGAGGCCCCACUUGGAUGGGUACAGCCUUGACCUCUACCAAGCAGUUGCCGAAGCUGUGGAUCAGUGGGUGGAAGCGAGCCCCAAGCACGAGCACUUCACAAAGUUCCACAGACAGAAAGUGGAGUUCUUCCACACGGAUACCUUGCGGGGUGCUUGGCUGAACAUGAGGAAGUGCCAGUUUCUGUCCGCGGAGGGACCGUGCCCUGAGGAGACAAGGAGGCAGAGUCCGAAUCUUCAUGAGUACCUCAUGGCUGUUCAUGCAUGGCUUCGGCAAAUUGAUUUGCACUUCGCCUACUACUACUACUACUACUACUGGCGGACGGUCAUGAGACCAGCAAUGGCAGAAUCCAAAGCAGGCAGGGCAAGCUCAGACUUGCUCGGUAGCACCGGGAUCAGCGCCCCACCACCACCGCUGGAGCCUAGGGACAUGCUGAAGCAUGAAAUGCUCACCAAUGAGGCCUUUGCCAAGCCAUUCGACCAAAAGGCAGUCCGCCUUUGCAUCCGGAAUAGAACUGCAAUGGAGCCCUGCAAGAAGACCGACGUCAUCAUUGCAGUGGCGCAAGAGCUGGUGGACGUCGGUCUGCUCGAGCUUGUCAUCGAGUCAGCAGGCAUACAGGACGACAACGCUCGUAGAAAGAAGAAAGGGCGAGCAGUGAAAACGUGGCAGCGCCGGAGCCUGGCUGAUGUGACUUCUUGCGCAGAUGCCGAUCAGGAGCGGAAGCGACUCCGCGUCUCCAAAGAUUGCUUUUCGUAGCAGUUUGGUGGCGCUUGAUGGUGGAC